AUGCGAGAUGAUGCGGAAUCAGCGCAUCUCCGUGCUCGGGUAGAUGAUGAUGAGGAUGAUGAAGUUUAUCCAGCCUCUCCAUGUAAACGAAAUCCCAGCGACCCAGCCAGCCGCUACGACGAAGGAAAACCUCCUAAAAAUAUUACCCGCUACGCAGCCACCCUGAAAAAUGUAGUCCCCGUGAGAACAGUGGAAAGGUCUGCGACAGGAUGCGCAAAAAUCGACCAAGCCGGGCUGUUUUCUUUUGUCACCUACAGCUGGGUGUUUGAAUAUCUCCUUCAGGCAUACAGAGGAAACCUCACGGAAACCUCAUGGACCUGUUCAAUUUUUGAUGGAGCCAAUACAAAUCUCACUCGAUUGGAGAUGAUGUGGGAGGAAGAGCUCAAAGCGCGUCCGGCCGAGCCUAAACUUUGGAAGGUGGUCUAUGCUUUUAUCGCAACGCGCCUAUGGACGGCUUGUGCUGUAUUUGCUUUUUGCUUGGUGUUCGGGUUUAUUGGACCUACCUGUUUCAUCCGUGGUUUAAUUUCGUAUGCUGAACAACCUUUGAAAGAUGGCGAGGUUUCUUACGGAUAUGGAUUCGCGCUGGCUACAGCCGUGUUGCUUGUGGAAUUCGCCCGGGUGCUGGCGUACGGUGCUACUUGGGCAAUCUCUUACCGUACCGGAAUUCGAGUCCGAUCGGCUGUGCUGGGGCUGUUGUUCAAGAAGUUGAUCAAUUCGAAGACCCAUCUAGGAGGAAAAUCGGCCGAGAUCAUUAACAUGUUUGCGAAUGAUGGACAACGUUUAUUUGACGCCAUUACUUUCUUGCCACUCGUUCUCAUUGGUCCGUUCGUCCUUUUCGGAGGUUGCAUCUAUCUGUGUGUAGUGAUCGGAUGGUGGUCGUUGGUUGGCGUGCUUGUAUUUGUAAUUUUCGACGUUAUCCAGUAUGGACUUGGAAUGACUAUGCUACGUUGCCGAGAACGAGCAAUCAAGAAGACGGAUAAUCGGGUAGCAUUAAUGGGUGAAAUUGUGAAACAUAUCCGUCUAAUCAAAAUGAAUGCCUGGGAGAAAAGUUUUAUCGACAAGAUUGGAAGAAACGAUCUCUUGGCUAGUGAUGCCUUCAGCGCCAUGACCGUAUUUUUCGUGAUGAUGUUUGGAAUUAGGAUGAUUCCGUAUGGUGGCAGAUACAUGGGUGAAGCUCUCGUAGCCCUGCGACGAAUUUCGCAAGUUUUACAAGUUGAACACUGGGAAAAACCGAUCCAAGCGACCAGCAACCCCGAUGUCGCCGUCAGCUACCAGAACGCUACGUUUAAAUGGACAGAGGCGGUGAACACCACAGUCCCUCAAAGGAGACGACGAGGCAAAAAGCAAGAAGAAGCGGAACCGAUCGUAGAAACCGUCAAGGAAACCGAAGUCUUCCACCUGCAAAACAUCGAUCUAAAAAUCAAGAAGAGAGAAUUGAUCGGAAUCUGCGGAGUUGUCGGAAGCGGAAAGUCUGCGCUAUUGAACAGUAUUUUGGGCCAUAUGGAGCAAGAAACCGGAGAAGCACAAGUUGGUGGAGACAUCGCGUAUGUACCGCAGACUCCAUGGAUCCAGAAUGCGACUUUCCAAGAAAACGUUUUCUUUGGCCUGGAGGAGAACAAGAUACGCUAUCACCGAGUGGUUGAUGCUUGCCAGCUUAAACGAGACUUAGCGCAGAUGCCAGAGAAGGAGAAAACAGAAAUCGGAGAACGAGGAGCUACGCUAUCCGGUGGCCAAAAAGCUCGCAUCUCAUUGGCUAGGGCACUAUACUCAAAUCGAGAUGUUUAUCUUUUGGACGAUGUUCUUGCCUCCGUCGAUAGAAAGGUUGCGGACAGAAUCUUCAAAGACGCGAUUUGUGACUAUCUCAAAUACAAAGGAAAAACCGUGCUGAUGGUUACCUUUGAUGUGAAUCGGUUGAGUGAAUGCGACCGGGUCAUUUACAUGGAAAAUGGACGAAUUGUCGGUGACGAUCCACAUCAUAUUCUGGUCAAGGCUUGCGAUUCGUACAGAGGCUUUUGUGAAGCAGCUACUUUAUAUCGUAAAAAAGAAGACGGCACGCUGGUUAUCCAUGAACAACCAUCAAAAGCGCAGGUUGAUUCGAUCAAAAAGGAGCUUGAGAAAGCAAAAGUUAUCGAAGAGGAAGAGGACCUUGGACUUGCCAAGAUGUCAAUCGGAUUAUACAAGAAGUAUGCGGUCGCAGCGGGCUCGUGGUUUAUAUGGGCAUUCCUUAUGCUCAUUUUCGUCGUCAAUGUUUUCUCAACAUUGUUCGCAACUUACUGGCUGAGUACCUGGCUAAAAUCUGGACAUGGUGAACAGUUGGUUGACGUUAACGGAACUGAAGUGCUGCGUGGCCAUCAAUCAAUGGCUGAUUCCUCCGAUACCCAAUAUUAUUCCACCAUCUACGCACUAUCCCUUGUCGUGCUCUUCUUUUCCGGCCUCAUCAAGGCUACGCUCUUUGUAAAGAUCUCACUGAACGCUGCAACACAGCUGCACAACAAUAUGUUUAACUCGCUGAUGCAUGCUUGUACACAAUUCUUUGAUUCCAAUCCGACCGGGAGGAUUUUGAACCGAUUCGCCAAGGAUAUGGAUGAGAUUGAUGUGAAGCUGCCUUUCACGAUCGAGGUUUUUCUCCAAAAUAUGAUUACCUGUAUUGGCUAUCUGCUGGUGAUCGCCUGGGUUUUCCCUUAUUUCCUGCUCGCCGCUGUUCCUCUUUUCGGCGUUUUCUUGAUCUUUGUGCUGUGCUUUAAAGCUGGAAUCCGAAGUUUGAAACGUUCGGAGAACAUUUCCCGAUCUCCUCUGUACGAUCAUAUCUCGGCUUCUUUGGAGGGCAUCCCGGUCAUCCACAGUUACGGCCAAACAAAUCGAUUUAUCGAAACUUUGAAGCAACGGCUAGAUGCUAACAGUGGCGCCAUCUUUAUGUUCCAAACGGCUAUGCGAUGGCUGGCUGUUUGGCUCGAUCUGUUGGUCGUGGCCGUUACCUUUGCGGUUGCUGUUUGUAUCGUGUUGCUCACCGGAAAAGUCUCGCCUGCCGAUGCUGGAAUGGCUAUCGCAUUUGCUAUUCAGAUGUCCGGCAUCUUCCAAUUUGCCAUUCGCAAUCAAACCGAUAUGGAAGCGAAGAUGACUUCUGUGGAACGAGUGGUUCAUUACGCAGAUAACAUCACUUCAGAAGGGCUAUGGGAUACUCCAAAAGGAGUUGACGUGCCCGGAGGCUGGCCCAGGAAUGGUCAAAUUGACUUUGCGGAUGUGAAGCUGAAAUACCCCUCUAACACCGAAAUGUCUCUGAAUGGGCUUACAUUUACCAUCAAGCCCAAAGAAAAGAUUGGUAUCAUUGGAAGAACGGGAUCAGGCAAAUCUUCGAUUGCCAACGUACUCUACCGUCUUUACAAAACAACCUGGGGAAAAAUCUACAUUGACGGUGUUGACAUCGAAACAAUCGGCUUGCAUACGCUGAGACGUUCUAUGGCAGUCAUCCCGCAAGAUCCAGUCCUUUUUGCCGGUUCCAUCCGCUCCAACCUCGAUAAAUCCGGAGUAUUCACCGAUGAUCAAAUCUGGAUUGCCCUGGAAAAGACUUAUAUGAAGGCUAAGAUUCAGCGUCUGGAGAAUGGGCUUGAAGCAAAGGUUGCGUCGGACGGAGAAAACUUUUCCGUUGAUGCAUCUUUGGAUAAGCUGAUCCAUCAAUGUCUAUGGGAAUGCCUAGCUGAUUGUACAGUCUUGCUUAUCGCUCACAAGCUGGAGAACGUAGCUCGAUGUGAUCGUGUUUUACUGAUGGAUGGUGGAAGGUUGAUUGCUUUUGAUGAACCCUCCGUCCUGAUCGAAAAAACCCCAGAGCUAAAGAAAGUCGUCGAAGAGGAUGCCGCACUUCCCGAAUCGGCUAUUCGUCAAGCCUUGGAUGCGUCGACUAUCCUUGUGCUAGAAAAUGAUGGGUCAACUUCGCUAACUUCAGUAGAUCCCAGUAUCACUCCCAGAUUGGGAACACAUCAAAACCAUGGAGAACUAGAAGAUGAUUCAAACAAAUCAGUAAAGUCCUUGGAAGUGGUGAAGACACCAUCACGAGAGAGCCCCGUAAUUAUUGAAAAAGAAAAUUCUUCCCAAUCGGAUCAGGAUUUGGAAGUGUUAGAAGACGAUGACGAUAAGCGGCUUUGGACGAUGAAGGACGAAGCUCAACCAGUUCACCAAACGACCAUGUCG